CAGGUACAACCCCGACAGGGAGUUUGUCGAGUUCGCGCGAGACGUGGACCGGCUCGGGGAGGUGGCCGUGUUGGGAAAGGCGCCCCCAGACCUGGGCAUGCGCGAGUCCGCGGCCCUCUCGAGCCUGCUCCCGGUACUUGCAGCGCGCGGGUGGACCGUGUCGGGCUCCCCCAGGGACGCCGCGAAGGACGCUGGAGCCGCGCAGCGAGGCGAGCCGCCGCCGGAGCCCCCGCUGGCGCUGCUGGCCUCCCCGCAGGUGUGGCGGGCCGUCUGCCUGCUCGAGGUGGUGUCCGUCCAGUGGAUACCGCUCUGCCCGUGGGCGCGGACGCAGCAGUCGACCUCCCACGGCUCCGGCUUCAUCGUCGCCGGCCGUUGCAUCAUGACCAACGCGCAUGUUGUGGCCAACGCGAUCGACAUCCGGGUCCGGCCGCACGGUUCCGCCAAGCGCUUUGCGGGGAGAGUGAGGACGUUCGGUCCCGACGUGGAUCUGGCGCUCGUCGAGAUCCACCCCACCGUCGAGGACGACUUCUGGGCUCUCGUCGCGCACGUGGAGCCUGUGGAGCUUUCCGAUAGCCUGCCGUCCCUCCAGGAAACAGUGCAGGCCCUUGGCUUUCCAACUGGUGGCCGCACCAUCUGCGUCACAGAGGGGGUCGUCUCUCGCAUCGACUCCAUAGACUUGACCCCGCCUGCGGAUACCUCUCUGGUCAUACAGAUCGACGCGGCGAUCAAUCCAGGCAGUAGCGGUGGGCCUGUGCUCAACUCCCGCGGACUGGCGACCGGCGUGGCCUUCUGCAAAGACAGUCGCAGCUCGUCCGACAACAUUGGCUACGUGAUUCCUUCCCAAGUGGUGCGCACGUUUUUGGCGCGUUGUGAGCAGGAGGACGGAUACACGCUCUCGCCUUCUGUGCCGUACAGGUGGCACAAGUUGGAAAACCAAUCUCUCCGUGCUGCGCACAACGUGCCAGAAGGCGUCUCGGGCGUGCUGUUGACAAGCGUAUCGCCGCUGGUCAAAUCCAGCCUGCGGUGCGGUGACGUGCUCACAAAGAUCGACGGUCGCAGGAUCGCUGACGACGGUCAGAUUGUGCUGCGCGGCAGCGAGCUCAUCCAGCACAGGUACCUGAUCAGAAACAAGCGCGUCGGGGAGCCCACGGUGUUCACCGUGUUCCGCGACGGGGCCCAGGUGGAGACGCCUGCGGUGGAGCUGGUAGACCUCCCACCCAUCUGCCCGCGGUGGCCAGAGGUGGACUACUUCCCGGAGUACCUCAUCCUGGGGGCCCUUGCGCUGGUGCCGCUGGCGCAGGGCCACCACUGGUACAAGGAGUGCCCCUCGGAGCUGAAGGCCACGAUCGACCGCUGGCGCCGCCGCUGGCCGGGCGAGCGGGACGGCAAGGACCAACUGGUCCUCCUUGUCACCGUGUUCGCGCACGAGCUGACCUUCGGCUACCAGCGCGGCUGGCGCGUCUGCGAGAGCUACAACGGCGAGCCGGUGACCUCGCUGCGGCACCUCCGGUCCAUGUGGCUUGCCACGCGGGAGAAGGUCAACGAGGCACGCGCGGCUACGGCCGCGGCAGAGGGGGGCGGCCAGCCAACUCCUCCGGGCAUCUUCGUGCGGAUCGGGCUCCAGAGCGACGACGACGUCGUGCUGGACGCCGCCGCGGCGAUGGAGGCCGAGGAGAAGGUCUUGAAAACGCACGCCAUCGAGCGCCGCUCCUACAUCAAGGGGGACGACGACUAGAAUUGUCUAGCUCCGUUUCCCGCUGGGCCCGAGAUUGGCCUCGCCGUGAGCUUCCUGCCCAGCGGGUGAGUGGCCCGGGGGACCCCCGAAAGUUGUGGGCAGCACCCUACUCAGUUAUAGCAGUUUUUGCCUGUCCUGCCCCCCUUGGAAAAUAAGUGCUUGCUUGCGGAUGGCGGGCGCGAGGCGCAGACGGGUACGGGUUCGUGAUAUAUCACUGCGCAAGAUUCUGGCAAAACGGUUUGGCGCAUCUGCAUCUGAUGACUUUCUCGUCGCUGCAGCUCGAGUCGAGCUGAGACGCUGGCUAGCGG